AAUAACUGAGAUGUUUGAAACAAUGAAACCAUGAAUUUUCUUUUCUUGUAAAAAAUACACUUCUUUUUCAGACACCUAUGGAUACACCCUACAUAAGCUGAAAAGUGAUUACAACAACAGGUAUCACCAGACAGAAACAUCCCAACAGAUGAAUGACUUUCAAGCAAUCAUCUUUAGAAAUGCUGAGAGGAAGCAACGUCUCCAAGAGCAAUGUAGGAGUGUAAGUCAAUCCAGCAAUAGAACAGACAUAAACAGGCAUGAAUUCUUUAGAAAAGAUACUGUAAGGUUUCUGACCAACCCAGGUUUAUCUCUUGUCUACUGUCGCGUCAAUAAAGCUGCCUCGACGUAUACUUUUCAAACACUUGUUGAAAUCUUUAACUGCACAAAGGAGUGCUUCCAGCAUUCUUCUGAAAGAAUUCGGAGAUUGCAUUAUGAACGCAAAAAGAAAACACUUGAUGGUGCUCACAAAUUUAUGUUUGUUAGGGAACCAUACGGACGACUAUUUUCAACAUAUUGCAAUAAGUUUUAUUUCCCAAAAGGCUAUUGGGAUCCAAUAGGAAAAGAUAUUGUUUUAAGAUUCAGAGAGAAACCGUCAGAAGACAGUUUAAAGUAUGGACAUGAUGUGACAUUUGCUGAACUUAUACGAUAUACUAUUGAAGACUUUGAAGCUGGUAACAAAAUGGAAGAACAUAUCAGACCCAUGCAUACCAAUUGUAAACCUUGUGACUAUGAAUAUGAUUUUAUAGGAAAAUUAGAAACAAUGAAAUCAGACUGGAAAUAUCUAGCACAUGAGUGGAAAUCUAGGAACAUUACAACAAAUAUCCCUACUGAUAUUGGCGAAAUAUCAAGAAAAGCGUUUGGUGAAAUGAAAUUUGUUUUUCGUACUCUUAAAAGAGUUAAAGAGUCGAAAAUAGAUCUGUAUGACCUUUACCAAAGAGCAUGGAAUUACUACCAGAUAACUUCAGUUAUAUCUAAACAUAUAGAAAUGCCAUUUUCAAGAAUUGUUAACAAAAAUAUUUCAUAUGAACUAUUUCUUCAGCAACUGUCGGCUGCGCGUGAACGGUCAGCUGCAAGUUCUACCAAAAUUAAAGCUCAAAAACAUGAAGCAAUGUUACAGGCUUAUUCUACUGUGCCUUUGAAAGAUUUGGAAAGACUGAAAAAUGUAGUCAAAGAAGACUGCCUGCUGUUCGGUUAUGACGAGAGUCCUGAAUGGCUGUUUGGUGGUAAGACUCUACAAAGUGAGUCUAAUACAUUUAAUUACUUUAGCGGUAUAAGCAGAGGCAACGUGUAACGUGAAUGAAACUUUUAGAAACGAGCGUCGAAAAAGUAUCUCCGUAUUUAUAAUUGUUGCUGGUGAAAAUAUAUAGACAUACCAUAACGAGAGUACAUACUGGUUUGGGAGUUUGCUGGUGAAAAUAUACAGGCAUACCAUAAGGAGAGUACAUACUGGUUUGGGAGUUUGCUGGUGAAAAUAUACAGGCAUACCAUAAGGAGAGUACAUACUGGUUUGGGAGUUUGCUGGUGAAAAUAUAUAGACAUACCAUAAAGAGAGUACAUACUGGCUUGGGAGUUUAAUCUGAUAAAUAUACCCGACACAUCCUUGAUAUCAAUAAUAAACCCGACACUUCCUAAAUUAAAUGCAUCCAAUAAUAAGCAAUCAUAUUGACCAAGAUAUGAGCGAGAAAAUAAAAUCUUGAUAGGUCAUGAUGGUUUUAAUUGUUUGAUUUUGUACACCUUUAUCUCGAACAUGAACAACAUUAUUACUCGCUCUACAAUGUUGCAAAUGUCAGUAAAACUGCAAUAUAACUUUGUUUACUCGAACUUGAAAUGAAGUUCAUGCAAAUUUGUUUCAGAGAUCAGUAGUUCAAAACAUUCAAAAUCAGUCGGUUUUCAGAAAGUUAUCAACCUUACUUGGAAAUCAUCUGCAAUACUUGAAAGUUUAAUGCAUAUAUAGUAUAUGCAUAUAUAUUUUGGAACAAUACUAUUGACUCUUUUAACGAUUCCCUAAAUUAAACAUGUAUAUGACGUAAUGAAAUCUAGACAAUCAUUUAGAAGAACACAGAAAAGUAAAAUAAUAGCAGACUUGGUUUGACUGAAUCAGUUCAAUGGAGAUAAUAAAAUGUGCAACACACUUCGAGCCCAUAGACCAACUUUACCGGAAUUCGUUUUUACAAUGAAUUCAUGGUAUUAUCCCAAAGGACAAGAAAGUAUAACAACACUGAGUCAAUAGUGUAACGAAGAUCAUUUCGUCUGAAUAUUAUGGAACUGUAACUUCCUCUGGAAACCACUUCUAUAUCCGAUAUAUUUUGCACCUGUCAAUCUCUUACGUUAAAGUAUUUAUUAUUGUAAUGUAUAUUUAGAUUCACCUGUCAUCCUUUAAUCACUCUGUGAUGAUUAAAAUUUCUUACUGUCGGUUCUGCUUAUCUCCAUUACGAAUAUGUUAAGAAAUUAAUCGUGUUAAGAUGUCAUAUAGCACGUGACCAAAUGUAUACCCUUUUUCUAUUCACGUACUAGUUACAAAGGUCAUGUGACAUUUUUCAACGCCCGUUUUGAAAAAAAAACAACAACAAAAAACAGACGUGUUAUGGGAUGGCGCCUGCGUCUGUCCGUCCGUCCUUCCGUCAUAAUUUGUGU